GGGCACACACUGGCUCCUGGGGAGAUUGGUAGGAUCAGAGAGGUGACACCAGGACCUUGGCUUGGUCUGUUCCUUCCCCUCUUUCACUCACAUCAGACAUAGAUCCCUCUGAUGUCUUACGUAAUUGACAUAAUUGAGUCUUGAUAAGGACCAGUUUGAAGACUGCUCUAAGAUCCGUGUGUCUCUCCUCACUCCAUGAUUAGUGUUUCUCCGCAGCCGCUGUUGCCAAGGACACCUGGACUAAAGGUCGGGACGGUUCACCGCUUGAUCACCUUGUCUGCGGCUGGCAAGGUCACAGCCUGCCAUGAAGGGCUAUCUCAUCUUCGCUCUCAUGAGCACAGUCGGAGCACUUCUGUCCAAAUAUUCCAAAAUUCCUGAAGGUGACUUGGAUUUACAAAAAAAAAUUAUUGUUCCUUAUAUGGUCUAUCUGCAGUCCAAACCAGAACCCUGCGUGGGGACUCUCAUUCACCCUGAGUGGGUGCUGACGGCCGCGCACUGCCCCCUGCCUGUUAAGAUCCGACUGGGAGUUUAUCAACCGAGCACCAAGACUAAGAUAGAGCAGAUACGAAAUUACUCACUGACUGUGCCCCACCCUGACUUUGACACACAAACUCUGGAAAAUGACCUGAUGUUGAUCAAACUGUCCAAGCCUGCUCCAGUCGACACAUACCUGGGAACGAUAGCCAUAGCCUUGGAACCCAUGAUACUUAACGAGUCCUGCUUUAUCCCAACCUGGACCUGGAAGGAAUACAAAAACCUCGGUGACCCUGACGUCCUGACAUGGAUAAACCAAUACUCUCUUCCCCUUCGUGACUGCCAGGAGAGACUCCAGAAAGGACAGGGCCUGGACAUCAUGUGUGUGGGACAACCUCUAAGCACCAUGUCUAAACAUAAGGAAGUUUCAGCUGCUCCAGCCAUCUGCAGCGGCAGGUUACAUGGAAUCUUGGCCUGGGCAAAAGGAAGUGUCACCCUGGGAAGUGAAGGAUUCUUCACAAAUGUCCACAACUAUGGAAGAUGGAUCCUAAAAAUCAUCAGCACCCACUGAGGCGCCUCUGUCCCCCGUCUCCUCAGUGCCAUCUCUCUGCAUCAUUUCUACACAGGAUGCACAGCUGUCUUCAUCUUUCUUACUCUUCAACAAAAUCCAAAGAGAAAGCAUCCAAUAAAACAAAGCCACUAAGUA